AUGGCUUUGCUCUUGGCUCUUGUGGCCACUCAUGCCCUAGCUAGACCUACACCAAAGGAUGACACGUUCAGUGACCAAAAGAACUUCCUGACCUAUGGUGGCGUCGGUGGCUACUCUGGCAUCGGCAGUAAUGGCCUCCCGUUUGGUGGUGUGGGGGGUGCCAUUGGAGGAGGAGGCCUUGGUGGCGGUCUUGGUGGUGGCCUCGGUGGCGCUACGGGAAUUGGUGGAGGACUAGGUGGACUGGGAGGUACUGGAGGUGGAUUGGGUGGCAUUGGUGGAACCACUGGUGGCCUCGGCGGUGGUCUCGGCGGUGGACUCGGUGGUGGACUCGGUGGUGGUCUCGGUGGCGGUGUCGGUGGAGCUUCUGGUGUUACUUAUCCUUGA